UGCGUCAAACAGAGAGAACUUGUUUGCGUGGAAAGAUUCUGGCCACGGAUUUCACGACAGCGAUUUUAAAAUAAGGUGGAAUUCGUUGUACGAACCGAACAAACCCGACUGGAUCGAACGCGAAAAAUCCUAAAAAGAGGCAAUUCUCAAUAACAAAGGUAAGUGCUACCCGGUAACGGCUAACUUUUGUUGAAGAAAAAAAAACUACAGUUAUAAUUUCAUUUGUUUGCAUUCAAACAGGUCAAGUUGAACGAAAACAAUGGCAGAACGUGGAAUAAGCGAUGUUAUGGACGUACUUAAACGCAUCGAAAAUCAUCAAAAUGUCGUCGGUGUAGUAAUUGUCGACAAGGAUGGCCAAGCGAUACACAGCACUCUGGACACGAUAGAAACAACUUAUUACAUCCAACACUGCAGCGCUUUAAUAGCCAUCGCUAAAAGUACAAUAAGAGAGACCGACCCUACUGACGAUAUUCAGUUUUUCCGGAUACGAACGAAGAAGUUCGAAAUAAUGUUGGCGCCCGAACACGAGUACUUACUCAUCGUAAUACAGAACACUCCGAAAUCCGCAGGAAAAUUUCCUUAAGUUUAAAAGAAAACCCGGUGCUCAAUGUAAAAGAAAUGACAAAAUUUCAUUUUGUAUCUCUUAGCAAACUGCUUUAAUUAUCAAACCCAAGAUAAACGAGCGAUAAGUUCUGAUUUUAGAUUUUAAAGUUUUGCAUAGGUUUCUGUUCCAUGAACAAACGAAAUUUUGGUCUUUACACUCUACUGUUUCAAGGACAUUUUGUCACGGAUGUUUUUCACGAUUGAUGUGUACAACAGAGAAGAAGUUUGACUGCUUUUUCAAUCUGUCGUUGCAGAAAAACAGCAGGUGUAUAUGGUAUUCUUUCAUCUUUUUUCAUUAAUAUUAAUUACUUUCUUUGUUUGUACCAGUAGU